GAGUUUAUUUGCGAGAAAAACGUCAAAGAAAAGCGCGGUUUUUAUAAGGUGAGAGUGCAAUGCUUUGCCAAGCUUCAAGCUUUUCGUUGUUACACACUUUGAAAUAAGAGACGAAAGAUUUUCAAUCGUAGAAGUAUUAUCAUUGAUUGGAAUGGGUAACAUGGCUGUGUUUGUUUCUUUCUGAGUCAAAGGACAAAACAUGUACGAGGUUUCGUUAGUGGGACCCAGUUAUUUUAAUCGUUGAAAUUAAUAAUCUUUUUUCGAAGGUAAUGGAAUGGGUAAACAUGGGUUGGUCCGAAAAGUGGUGGGUGACUUGUCAUUUUUGGACUCUUCACCCUUUGCGAAGCUAUUGGAUUGUUGUGUUAGGUCAAAGUCUGUUUUUGAGGCGCGUCGUGUUCAUGCUCGAAUCAUUAAGACACAGUUUUCAUCUGAAAUCUUUAUUCAAAACAGGCUCGUUGAUGUUUAUGGGAAAUGCGGUUGUUUGGAGGACGCACGAAAGGUGUUUGAUCAUAUGCCGGAGAGGAAUAUUUUCAGUUGGAACGCGGUUUUAAGCGCUUUGACAAAGUGUGGUGCUCUUGAUGAGGCUUUGAACGUAUUUAAGUGUAUGCCUGAGCCUGAUCAGUGUUCAUGGAAUGCUAUGGUUUCUGGUUUUGCUCAACGAGAUCGAUUUGAGGAAGCAUUGAGAUUUUUCUUUGAUAUGCACGGUGAGGAUUUUGUGCUUAAUGAGUAUUCAUUUGGCAGUGCUCUUAGUGCUUGUGCAGGGUUGAUAGAUUUGAAUAUAGGUUUUCAAAUCCAUGGUUUGAUAGCGAAGUCUCGUUACUCGUUCGAUGUUUACAUUGGUUCGGCUCUUGUUGAUAUGUACUCUAAGUGUGGUGUGGUGGCUAGUGCUCAAAGGGCUUUUGAUGAUAUGGAUGUGAGGAAUAUAGUUUCUUGGAAUAGUUUGAUUACAUGCUAUGAGCAAAAUGGUCCUGCUGGAAAAGCGCUAGAGGUUUUUGUAAGAAUGAUGAAUUUUGGGAUUGAGCCUGAUGAGAUUACUUUGGCCAGUGUGGUAAGUGCUUGUGCAAGCUUAUCAGCAAUUAGGGAAGGUUUGCAAAUUCAUGCUCGUGUUAUGAAAUGCGAUAAAUUCCGGAAUGACCUUGUGUUAGGCAAUGCUUUGGUUGAUAUGUAUGCAAAAUGUAAGAGAGUUAACGAAGCUAGAUUGGUUUUCGAUAGGAUGCCGCUUAGAGACGUUGUAUCUGAAACCUCCAUGGUUAGUGGAUAUGCCAAGGUGGCAAGUGUGAAAGCCGCAAGACUGAUGUUUUCAAAUAUGACGGAGAGGAAUGUGGUGUCAUGGAAUGCACUUAUCGCAGGUUAUACUCAGAAUGGAGAGAACGAAGAGGCAGUGAGACUAUUCCUUCUCCUAAAAAGAGAGUCCAUCUGGCCAACACAUUACACUUUUGGUAACCUACUUAAUGCGUGCGCAAAUCUUGCUGAUUUGAAGCUUGGAAGACAGGCUCAUACUCAAAUUUUGAAGCAUGGUUUUUGGUUUCAGUUUGGGGAGGAUUCUGAUAUUUUUGUAGGAAAUUCUCUUAUUGACAUGUACAUGAAAUGUGGAUUAGUUGAAGAUGGACGCGUGGUUUUCGAGCACAUGGUAGAAAGGGAUAUUGUCUCAUGGAAUGCCAUGAUAGUAGGAUAUGCACAAAAUGGUUAUGGUACUGAGGCUCUUGAAAUUUUCAGGAAAAUGCAGGUAUCUGGAGAAAAACCAGAUCAUGUUACUAUGAUAGGAGUUCUGUCUGCAUGUAGUCAUGCAGGACUUGUUGAAGAAGGGCGCCGUUACUUCCGUUCAAUGACAACCGAGCAUGGUUUAGCCCCAAUAAAGGACCAUUAUACAUGUUUGGUUGAUUUACUCGGUCGAGCAGGUUGCCUCGAUGAAGCUAACAAUUUGAUACAGACAAUGCCAAUGGAGCCUGAUGCUGUUGUUUGGGGAUCUUUACUUGCUGCUUGUAAGGUUCAUGGAAACAUUACAUUGGGGAAGUGUGUGGCAGAAAAGCUCUUAGAGAUUGAUCCCUUGAACUCCGGACCGUAUGUUCUUCUUUCAAAUAUGUAUGCUGAACUUGGUAGAUGGAAAGAUGUGGUGAGAGUCCGGAAACAGAUGAGGCAAAUGGGAGUAAUUAAGCAACCAGGUUGCAGUUGGAUUGAAAUUCAGAGUCAUCUACAUGUUUUCAUGGUAAAAGAUAAAAGGCACCCUCAUAAGAAGGAUAUCUAUUUAAUUCUGAAAAUUCUAACAGAACAGAUGAAGCGAGUUGGCUACAUACCAGAAAUUGAUGAUGACGAGACUUAUGAGGAGGAGGAAAGUGACUCUGAACUUAUCUUCAACAGUGAAAUGGAAAUUGCAGUAGAUGCUGCAGUUGGAUAAUUUUUUCUUUUUACUCAUAGCAUAAGUAUCCUUCAAAGAAAGUAGAAAGAUGUGAUAUAUAGCAUUCAGGGAUCUUAGAACUACUAUGAAAAGGAAUAACAUGGAUAUAUGAGCUGAGAAUGUUCUCUUUAUGUUUACUAAUUUCUUCACCGUAAUGCUAAUCUUUAAUUUGUUUUAUGGUGCCAUUAGUAUUUCA